AUGGAAAACAUUAGGAAGGCGCAGCUGAGUGAGAUAGCAUCUUCUGUGCGAGAAGACAGCAGCACGUCGAGUAACGACCGCGUGGAAGAGGAUGGACUGCUGGAUAUGCUCAAAGGCGCAAACAAAGGCCUUGCUGGAUCCCUUAAAACAUCGAAAGAUACCACAAAGACUCUUAAGAGCCAGGGGAAAAAGCUAGAUAGAUCUCUCAAAAAAAAGAAGAAGAUAAGAAAGAGCAUUGACGAAGACGAAAAAAUCACACAGAAAAUCAACAGCGAGUCUCACCUGAUCAUGCUCAAAGGUAAAUUCUUUGAUAGUGUUCGCAACUUCUUUAGCUCCAACAAAAAACACAACGAAGCAGUUGAUAAAGCAGCACAGGAAGAGGAGGAUAAAGCAAAAGAAGACAGAGCGUCUGAGGAUGACUCGUUUUCUUCCGAAGAUGAGGAAAUAGAGAAACGGCUGGAGGAAACUGACUCUGACGCGAGCAUAGACGAUGAGCUUGAGAAAACGCUGGCAGGCCUGCAGUCUCUUCGAAGGAGCGUGCACUCUCAGACACAGCGCAUAAAGUCCCAGACGCAUGCAACCAAGGAAAUGAGAAUAUUGGAUAAAGAUACGGUGGAAAGAUCCAAAAAACUAAAAGAAGAAGUCAAGAAGAUAAACUAA